UUUCGCACCCACGCGCUGCUGUUUAACUGAACGAGGUAUCGGGAACGCACGGGAAACACCCUCUGAGGCGGAGACGUGUUGGAAGAGAAUAGGGUUAGUGGGGAAAAUAGUGGUCUGAGGGAGUGUGUGUGAACAGAAUCGCGAAGGACUGGGAGGCGGACGGCAUCUACUGUCUUUUGCGUUUCAUUUUAUUCCACAACACGGUUGAAGCACUUUACCCUGGUAACACGCAUGAAUAGGAGUAGCCUACACAUCUGCAAAUAUGCUGCGUUGCGAAUGAGAUUAUAGAAGCGGAGCAGAUGAUGCUGAGGCGACAGACGUGGUUGAAGACAUAAACAAGUUGAUCUACCGGAGGAUCUGGAGGAAAGCUUUAGGUUGAGUAGACAAGGAAAACAAGGCAGUCGCUGAGACCGACAUGUUCUGAGAAGCGUUUGCGCCGGCGGCGUGAUGAAGGCAGCGUUUGGAGCCAGACGAAGGCGGCACUUAGGACGAGUCUGUGUCUGUGGGGCUGGAUUGAUCGCCUUCACCUGGCUUGCCCAAAUACUUCAAGUAACAGAGUUCUCAGACCCCUCCACUGAGGGUGCCGACCCUGGCUGGUCUAGUAGGAGCCUUGCAGAGGAGAGCGGGGUGGAGAACCAGACCAGCGCCACACCGAGAUCAGCCAUCCAUGAGUUCCCUGAGGAUGUCUUCACCAAGGAGCAGAGGAGGCAUGGGGCACUGCUGCUGCAUGCUCUCUGUGUUGUCUACAUGUUCUAUGCCCUAGCAAUCGUCUGUGAUGUUUAUUUUGUUCCUUCUCUGGAGAAAAUCUCAGAGAAUUUGCACCUCAGUGAGGAUGUGGCAGGAGCCACCUUCAUGGCUGCAGGAAGCUCCGCCCCUGAGCUCUUCACAUCUCUGAUUGGUGUGUUCAUCACUAAAGGGGAUGUGGGGGUGAGUACCAUUGUGGGCUCUGCCGUCUUCAACAUCUUGGUCAUCAUUGGAGUAUGUGGGAUCUUUGCUGGACAGACCAUCUGUCUCACCUGGUGGCCACUCUUCCGGGAUUCCAUCUAUUACAUUUUCUCAGUGCUGGCCUUGAUUCUGAUAAUAUAUGAUGAGAAGGUAAUCUGGUGGGAGACUCUUCUCCUUAUUUCUAUGUAUGGGAUCUAUAUCCUUAUUAUGAAGUUUAACAGUCAGAUCUGGGCCUGGGUGGAGCAGCAUUGUGGGGGUCCGGGGCAGCCGUGCCUGCUCAGCAGCCUGCGCAGAGACGGUGCAGUGGGAGAGGCAGGCCCACACAGCGACACCUCCAUGAUUCUGCUCAAGAAAGGCCAGAGCCCAGUGAAGGAGUCUCCGGUGGUGAUGGUGGACGAGAUGCUGAGCCAACACCCGCACACCUUCUCCUUUUCUGAGGCAAGCCUCCGUAUCAUGAUCACGCCACACUUCUCCCCCCGCACGCGCCUCAGCAUGGCCGGACGCAUGCUCAUCACCGAGAGGCAGAGGUUGAUCAGGAACAGCAGUGGUGGAGUCGGGGACACUCCGGGCUGCGAUGGCCCCGGGGCGGAGGGGGUUCCCUGGGCAGUGGAGAACGGGACCACCCUGGAGAGCGAGCGGACGCCCCUGGAGGAUCCCCGAGAGAAGGGAGAAGACGGUGGGGGGCCAGAGGGGGCCCUGAAUGUGGUCGACGCGCAGCCCAAAGAUGAUGAGGAGGAGGAGGAGGAAGAGGAGAAAGCACAGCCGUUCCGGCCCUUGACCCUGCCAGAGGGGCGCUGCGAGCGGGUGAAGUGGCUCCUCUCCUGGCCCCUGAGCUUCCUGCUCUACUGCACUGUGCCUAACUGUGUGCUCCCGCGCUGGGAGCGCUGGUUCAUGGUCACCUUUGUGGCCUCCACCCUCUGGAUAGCCAUUUUCUCCUACCUCAUGGUCUGGAUGGUCACCAUUAUCAGCUUCACGCUGAAUAUUCCUGUGGUUGUCAUGGGGAUCUCGUUCUUGGCGGCAGGCACAAGCGUUCCUGACUGCAUCGCCAGUCUCAUAGUUGCCCGACAAGGUAUGGGGGACAUGGCCGUAUCCAACUCCAUUGGCAGUAACAUUUUUGACAUCCUUCUGGGACUCGGUUUCCCAUGGUUCCUGCGCACUCUGGUGGUGAACUAUGGCUCUGUUGUGUAUAUUAACAGUAAGGGGCUGGUGUACUCUGUCAUUUUACUCCUGGCUUCUGUGUUUCUCACUGUUCUCUGUGUGCAUCUGAACCACUGGAAACUGGACCGACGCCUGGGCCUGGGCCUGAUGUUCCUCUACGCCAUCUUCCUCCUCUGCUCCAUCUGCUUUGAGAAGAUUUAGCCAUCACACUUUCGGUUCCCAAAAUCCGAUUCCUCACUUGCACACUUCCUCUCUCUUUGGUCUAUAGUCUUUCAAAUAUCCUGAUAUAUGUGAGAAACAUGCUACUCCAGCAUGACCUCAGAUGUGAGUGGAAUUAAGAAUAGAUUAUUCAGAUUUAGUCUGAAUUCCUCAUUUAUUUGAUUUACACCAAACUUCUUAUGCGGGAUCACUUGCAGCUUCUCUCUUAAACAAAACUAUUCUGUUGAUUUUUCCAUGUAAAGAAAUGACACUACUUCAGCCAUUUAUGGUAGACAUUUGUUUCAUUUGUAUUUUUAUUGAUCUGGAACAUUAGAAAUUGAAAUGAUAUUAAUGGACGAAACGACAUUACUGAAUCAUGACACUGAUGAAAACACUAAACAGGUUAUUUAUUUGUUCCUCAUUUUGGAUAAACAGGAAAUCAUCCAAAGCAUAGGUGGCCUACUUCUGUGAUAUGGACUGGUGACUUGAAGGACUGCGUCUUUAUGAAAGUGUAAAGACUUAAUUGGAAUAGACCAUUUUUGUUUAUAUUAGUGUUUUUAUUUACUGUGGUAGCUUAAUGGUGUUGUACAGAGCAAAACAUAACUGCCCAAUACAUAUAAUUAUAUUUUAGACAAAUAUAAAUGCAAUUGUUUGAGGUUGCGUUUCUUUGAAGUUUAUCCUGUGUGGCAGGUUUAAUUAAAUUACUGUGCACAGGACACACUGUGUGUUUACAAAAAUCAAAGCACAGUAUGCCUGUAUAUUUUAUUAUUAUCUGACAUAUUGCUUACCCUGACCUUAACGUAACCAACACAACCCCUCUGCGUAGCUUUUCUUAAACUGAAGCGAGACAGUAUUUAGUUGUAGAUGUGGUGAAUCUAAACACUAAGUGAUGCCAGUUUUCCAGUGUGCUGUCUGAAUGGGGUUUUCUGAUUUUAUGGCGAUACAUGUUUAUUUAUUUGAGUUUAUGUUUAGUCAAGGGGGGCAAAAAGGAUAGAAAAAAUGGUUUUCUAUUAGCUGAGAGUGUAUUGGCCCAGUACCUGUCCUUAGUGAAUUAUUAUCACAAAUAUUUGGAUUAUUGCCUAUACCAUUUGUAAUUUUAGUAUGAAUUCAUGUUUGUAUACAUUUCCAUUGUCUUUAGACAUUGACAUUUCUUGGGCACUUUAGACACAUCAGUAUGUAUUCCCAGUAUUGUGACAAUAGAUUCAUCUAAUUAUUAAGUAUUUGAUAGGAAUACCAAAAACAUUCAGUGUUCUGUUUGUUUGUUUUUUGAUGUUAUUUCUACAUUGCUUUGGUGGAAAUUGGAUAGGGAAAAGAAAAUUAAUCCUUGUUGUUUCUUAAUCACCCUGUUGUUUACAGACUAACAGUAUUAUGUUGAAACAGGGUCAGAACUGUGCUGUGAAAUUGCCUUCUUACCUUAGUUGAAUCACCAGUCUAAUGGUUUAUUCCCUGCACUGAUAUGAGUUAGUCAUGAGUUAAAUUAAAUCACAAUUUAUGAGUGGACAUUGUGAACCCUGUAGCUCAGUUGUAAAAAUAUCCAUUUAUUUGUAAGGUACAUAUUCACCAUUUCAUGGUGGAGAGUCCCGAGACAGGGGUUUGAUUAGCUGCUUCUUGUGUAUUUGAGAGAGAAUUAAGUGUUUCACAAGAGAUCAUGACUUAUGGGGCCAUAAAAUUGUGUUAUAAUUUAGUUAAUGUGUUGAGUUUUUUUUUUUUUCUUUACUUGGUGAUCCAGAGGCAUGGCACCCUUACUACAAGGACAUCCUAAUGCUUCGAAAUCAACAAAAAAAAUUGUUUGUAUGUUGAGUGCAAUAAACCUUGUCUGUGC